GUCCCACGUUUGGGUCACUCAACCCAUGGCAUUCAUUCAGACCAUAACAUAUGUAGCAACCCGACCCGAUUAUGUAGCAACCCGUUUAUGAUUUACCGCUUAUAUCUUAUAAACCCUAAACCCUUUCCGGAAAAAAAAGAAAAACCCUAAACCUAGACUUCAAAUCCAUAACGGCAAUCAAUUAUGGGGAAACGACGAUUUGCUGAGAGACAACGCGUUUAUGUGAAAUGUCAUGGUUGACGGUGAUGGAGUUGGGCAGUAUUCAUUGCAGUUAGAGCAUGAAAGAAACGAUAAUUUAGUUGCAUGUUAUGUUUAAUUAGGUGGCAGCAGAAGAAAAGGACAUGAAGAUGUUUAUAAAAACGGAUCAAAGAAAACGGUUUAUCGUUCUAGAGACGAAGUUGCAGAUAGCCCUUCUCCUGGCGAUUCAGGAGAUUCAGAUGUGGAGCAUACUGACAUUGUCUCUGACGGAGAAUCAGAAGAAAUGGUGGAAAUUCAGAAAGAGAACACUAUGUAUGAUAAUUUGCUAAAGACACUGGGAUCUGCCAGUGAAUCACUCGCCCGUGCUAACAAACGGAGACAAAGAGAGGAAGAAGGUAGAAGUGACUCCGAGGAAGAAGGUAGAAGUGACUCUGAGGAGGAAGGUAGAAGUGGCUCCGAGGAAGACAUAAAUGCUGGGUCAGAAUCUCGAAGUAUGUCUGGGGAAGACACUGAUGCAUCUGAUGAUGACUCCCCCCAAAUGGAUUCUGGUGGAAGUAAACAUCAAGGGCUUGUCUCAGCAGAUGUGAUUGAACAAGCUGAUACUGAUGACACAUAUGCUGAUAAUGCAUUUGACUCGGAUGAUGAGUGUGAUUUUAAUGUUAAUGGAAACUCUAUUGCUAAGGCACCAGCAAGCACAAGCUCGUUUGAUGAACAUGUCCGAUACAAAUUGUCUAAAGACGAGGUCAGUGAUCUCAUGAGAGAAAAAUGGAAGACUAAGUGGAAGGUUCCUGCAGUGGGUAUGCCAAAAUGCAAAUGGAUAGGAAAUGGAGAACGUUUUGUAGAGAAUGAUGACAUAAAUCUAGCUUAUGAUCUUAAGCCAAGGUUAUAUGACCAUUGGUUAGAUAAUUAUAAGGCGAAUGGAGGCAAGGAUUUCCAUUCAUCAAGACAGAGAUCAUUUUUCUCCCUUUGCAACAGCUAUAGGGAUAUACUGCAUCACAACAAGAAGCCAUUCUAUCUGAAAGGCGUGGAAGAAGAUUCAAGUAUUACGGACGCAUACAUAAUGCAUUCAUUGAAUCAUAUCUUUAAAUCCGGAGAUUUGGUGGCUAAGAAUGAUGCAAAAGUAGCAAAGCUUCAGGAGACCACAAAGAAUGAGAUCCUAAGCAGUGAAGAAUUCCUUGACCGGGGAUUUACUCGUCCUAAGAUUUUGAUUUUACUUCCAUUUGCAAGCAUUGCGUAUCGGCUAGUCAAGAGGUUGAUUCAGCUGACCCCUUCUAAGCAUAAGGUCAAUGUAGAGAACAAUGACCGUUUUUUAGACGAGUAUGGAACUGCAACAGAUGAAAUAGAUGAAACAGAGAACUCUAAAUCUCAAAAGUCUUCAAAGCCAUCUGACUUUCAAGCACUCUUUGGUGGAAAUAACAAUGAUCACUUUAUGAUAGGCAUCAAGUUUACUAGGAGGAGCAUGAAGUUGUAUAAUGAUUUCUAUUCCUCAGACAUGAUUGUAGCUUCGCCUCUAGGUUUGAUUACUAAAAUCGGAGAGGCUGAAAUAAACAAGGAAAAAGAUACGGAUUAUUUGUCUUCUAUAGAGGUUUUGGUCAUUGACCAUGCAGAUGUCAUAGCAAUGCAGAACUGGUCUCAUGUGAGUACAGUGUUUGAAAAGCUCAACCGCAUACCGUCCAAACAGCACGGAACAGAUAUAAUGCGCAUUAGACCAUGGUAUUUAGAUGGACAAGCAAAAUUCUAUCGGCAAUCUAUCAUUCUGGGAUCUCAUCUAAAUCCAGAUAUCAAUGCCGUGUUCAACCGUAAUUGUCACAAUUACCGAGGAAAGGUUAAGCUGGACUAUGAUCAUAAGGGUGUUCUGCCAAAAGUACUACUUCAAGUGCGACAGAUCUACCAGCGGUUUGAUGCAGAAUCAAUAGUAGACGUUGAUGAUGCACGUCUUGCCUACUUUUCUCAAAAGGUGUUCCCCAAGAUAAAAGACUCUAUUCAGGGUGGAACCAUGAUAUUUAUAAGCUCUUAUUUUGAGUUUGUACGUCUUCGAAAUUUCUUGAAAUCACAAGAUGCAUCCUUCUGUCUUCUUGGGGAGUACACUAAACAAAGUGAUAUUUCACGUGCACGAGUUUGGUUUUUUCAAGAACGAAGGAAGAUCAUGCUCUACACGGAGAGAGCCCAUUUCUACCAUAGAUACAAGAUUCGUGGUAUCCAGAAUUUGAUUAUCUAUUCCCUGCCAGAGAGGAAGGAAUUCUAUCCCGAGAUUGUAAAUAUGCUCCAAGGGUCUGAGAAUAUGACAACUACAGUGCUUUUCUCUUGCUUUGAUAUGCUCCGGCUGGAGAGAAUUGUUGGCAGAGGGCCCGCAAAGAGAAUGGCAACUUCAGAUAAGGAUGUAUUUAUCUUCACAUAAAAUUAUUAAGUGAGCUCACACUUGAAACAAUUCUUGAAGCAUCGCGGUUCUUGCUAUAUAUAAGAGGAGUUGGUAAAGUUCCUAACCAAGAUUUUGCGGUCAAAUUUCUUAUUUCUGGCCCCUAGAGAUUGAUUUAGUGGCAUUGAUCUUAGUUGAAAGAAGAAACUUCUUUGAUAUAGAGGCUGCAGCAGCUAUCUAUGUCAACUUGAAUUUUCAUGAUGUAGGUUCGGAAAACCAGACUGUCUUGUGUUUGUUUAUAAAUGCAUUACUAUAUUUGGGAGAACCCACUGUAUAUGUCACACCAUUUAACCAAUGGUUGCAUCAAGUCGUGCCGUAUGCUUUCUUGUCGUGUAUUUUCUUGUUACUUGUUUUUGGAGGUGAAUUUUUUGUCGUGUAUUUUCGUGUUAUUUUUGAAAGUGAAAUCCAUACCUGACCUAUUUAUGAUGACCUAUUUAUGAUUCGAGUAUCUAAUGUCAAACUCAUAUCCAUUUCGAAACGUGUGGUGUAA